AUGUACCUGAAUGUGUCUCAAAAAUGUGUUUUUGGUGUUGCUCAAAAGUUGAAACAGAAUUUACCUUUAUUUAAUUCAGUUGGUCAAGGUAGAAAAAAGGCUACAACUAAAGCUGAAGAUCAAUACUUAUUGAAAAUUAUGAAACAGGAUCGAACAAAAUCUAGUCAAAUGUUAGCAGCUGAAUGGAAUUCAUCGAAUGGUAAACAAUUAUGUGCUUCUACUGUACGUCGUCGUCUGAUAAAUAUGGGUUAUAAAAGCUAUACGACUAAACGUAAACCUUUACGAACACCUGAUCAAAUCAAACAACGUUUAAAAUUUGCCAAUGAUCAUAAACAUUGGUUAAAAGAAUGGCAAAAUAUCAUCUGGAGUGAUGAAGCACACUUCGAGGUGUUGAACAGAAAAAAUCGUACUUUUGUUCGUCGAUUAAAAUCAGAAUCAAAUGAACCCUUCAAUUUCGUUCCGAGAGUUCAAGGUGGUGGUGGGAGUGUAAGUGUGUGGGGCUGUAUGUCUGGUGGUGCUCGUGGUCCACUUGUUACUUAUACUGGACGUUUGAAUGGUCCUGCAUACGUGAAAGUUAUCGAAGAAGCAUUACCAAUGUUUAUUGAAAAUACAUUCGAUGCACCAAAUAACAAUUGGGCUUAUAUGCAUGAUAAUGCACCUGCUCAUCGAUCCAAAUACACAGCUGAUUGGUUUGAAAAUAAUCAUAUCAAUGUUUUGGAAUGGCCCAGUAACUCGCCGGACAUGAAUCCGAUAGAAAAUGUAUGGGAUUAUAUGGAUAAACAGUUAAGAAAAUUGAAACCAACGAAUGUGGGCCAACUACAAGAGAUGAUAGGUAAGUUAUGGUGCGGCUUUACUCCGAUUCGAUGUCAACAGUUAGUUAAUUCGAUGCCUCGACGUGUACAACAAUGUAUUUUAGCCCGUGGUAAAACAUUUAGUAAAUAUUAA